GGGAGAGAGAGGGAGAGAGAGAGAGAGAAACCGUUCUCGUUCUCUUGGAAGCUUCGAUAACCCCAUCCAUGGCGCCGUAUCCUCGGCUGCUCUAUCCAUGGCCGAGCAAUGCCACGGAGUGCUCAUCCGACUGCUCGCCCUCGUGCGCUUUCUAUGGUCUCUGCUCCUCUCCUCCCCACUCCUCUCACCCUCCCCCUCCUCUUCCUCCUCCUCCUUCUCCUCCUCCUCCUCCUCCUCAUCCUCACCACCCCGCCACCUCCAACACCACCACCCACCGCCACCAUCGCCUCCUCUCCCUCUCCCUCUCCCUCUCCGUCUCCGCCGCCUCCUUCUCCGCCCUCUUCCUCCUCCUCCUCGCCUGCUGCGUCGCCUCCCGCCUCCUCCGCGGGCGACGCCGCCGAUCCGCCGCCGCCGCCGCCGGAGAAGGAGACGGCGAUUUCUACGAGGCGGACCACCACGUGUGGUACAUACGCACCGUGGGGCUCGACGAGCCCACGAUCGAGGCCAUCGCCGCGUGGACCUACAAGGCCGGGGACGCCGGGCCCCUCGGCCGCGCCGCCCGGGAGUGCGCCGUGUGCCUCGGCGAGUUCCGGGACGGGGAGCUCCUCCGCCUCCUCCCCAAGUGCGCCCACGCGUUCCACCUCCCCUGCAUCGACACCUGGCUCCGCGCACACGUCAAUUGCCCCCUAUGCCGCGCCCCGAUCGUCGCCCCGCCCACCGCCAUUGAUGCGGCGCCUCCUCCCCCUCCUUCGUCUUCGUCGCCCUUGCCCUCUUCGUUGUCUCCUCUGAUUGAGCUGACCAAUCGGGAGGAGCCCGAUUUGGGCUCUUCUGCCCUAAUAGAGAUUGCCCAAAUCGAUGUAGGCCAAAUAGGGAAUGGGGAGGUCGAAAACAACGGAGUAAUCGCACCAGUGUCCUUCUCUUCUUCUUCUUCUUCUUCUUCUUCCCUGGGUAGUUCUCAAGUGAGGCUCCAACUGCUUCACCGAUCGAGGUCUAUGGACUGGUCGUCACAUACUUCUCUCAUUGUCCCGGUGGAGUUGGAGGAGAAAAGUGUAGAGGAGAGUAAACAACAUAAGCUCGAAGAGGAGUAUGGUUCUAAGAGCAGGGGAAAACAAGGAAGUGCUUCAAAGGGAGUUUCCCGGCUGCAGAAGAGUCCUCUAGAUGUGGAAUGUAUUAAGAUGGAAAGGUCUCUGUCAAGUAGUAGCAGUUCAAGGCUGCUUUUGUCGCGGCACGGACGGGCACGGAGCUCAGUUCUACCAUUGUGAAGAACUAUGAGGAGAAAUAGGGUGCUUUCAUGCAAUCACUGUGAACUGGACAACUGUGUCAGCUUCCUGAUCACUAGACCAUAGAUGUCCACACAAAGCUGUGAAAAUUUUCUUGCCUGACUAUCCGUUCGUAACUACAAGACUUCUCAGUUCAUUGGUGUAGGUUGUCUUGCUGAUUGCUGAUUGCUGAUUGCACACUUCUUGUGGGAUAUUCUCAAGCAGUGUCCUAUCAGAUCAAUUUCAGAUCAAGUUGGUGGGUACCUUGAUCCACGGAUGUCCUGGUAGAUCAGUUUAUGCAUCAGCUCUGCCAUGUGCAUCAUAGGUGAGGCAUGAAUGGAAUUUAACAGUGGAAAAUAACGUGAAAUUUUAACCCAAAUAUCUUUAUGUUAGGGAUUUUAACCGGUGACCUCAUGUGAUGAGAGGCGGGUUUACGGUCGGCUUUAAUACCAUAUUACCCAAGAUCACUAAGCAGAUUGGAAAUAACUAGGAAUAUUCUUAAUAUUACUGGCCCAAUCACCCAUAAGCGAAGGAAAUCUAUGCACUGACAAGCACUUGUCAUCUUUUAGCUUUAGCCUGAUGGGAGUCCAGACAAUCAAGUCUCAAAUUGCAGUGGAUCUUCUGUUGCUCAUUUUGGUCUAUAGCAUUAUUAUGAUGCCUACAUCCAACAGAAUAAUUGCACCAAAGCAAUCAGCUAUAGCAUUUUGGGACCUGAAACCCUGCCCUUUGUUGAAUAGACAUGGUCAGAGUAACAGUGGACUAGUGUUAUUUAAUUUAUCCUCUGCUUCCUUUCUUUCCAUCUGUUCAUGCAAAAUAGUAUGUUCAAGCACUGUUUUUAACUUUAAUGUAUCACAUGAUAGGAAUCAGAGUACUGCUACAUGACCCCAACAAUAUGUUAUUACACAUGAUGUGAAGAUUUUUGUUGUCAUGCACGCAAUCUAAAAAUAUCAUAUAUUUUUGUCAUUGACAACUUUCUAAAAAACCUAAGGCAUUUUCGUAGAAAUUUUCUUUUCUUCUCUUUUCCAUCCGUCUAUUAUUACGAGUCCCUGUAUUGAAAGACCCGCAAACACAAAUUGUCCAUUGAGUGAAUGGUCAUUCAAUAUUCUCCAA